AUGGAACGUUCUGAGGGAGAAACGAAAAAAGAUCCGAACUAUUUCACCUUUGAAGUCUCCUGGGAAGUUGCAAACAAAGGUAAUCUUAUGAGUUCUUUGCUAACUUAGUGUAUGUUAUUCCGAGUUGUAAAGCGUGUCCUGAUCUAGUGUGACAAGUUUCCAAUCAAAGUUCAAGUUAGAGGUUACAAUGUAAUAUAUUGCUCUUAAAGAGUCCUUGUGCAUUGUUGUUUCGAUUUCCUGAGCCUCCUACCCCUUAAGCGUAUUUCUGGGCUUUAGACUUUGUUAAUAGUAGUAACUGUGGGUGAGAAACGUGAGCUUAUGUAAAUGAAGUUUAUACCACUUGAGGAUUGUUGAUAUUUACUACGUGUCUUUGUUUGAUGACUAACAAGAACAAAGGCUUAAAUUUUCGUCAACAAAGUUAACUUUGCUGACAUCUGUUUUCUGUUCACGUGCAUGGUGAAAUCAUCGGUGAAAACUAGUUACUCUGGAUUAUUUUGUUCUUUUCAAGGACUGCAUAUUGCUGUAUUAAGCUUAGUUAUAUUAAGCUUAUUGUGGUCCUUGUAAACAAGACAGCAGUGUGGUGCGAAAUUAUUUCAACGGAUUUCAAUUGUUUGAAUUUAAGAACCCUGAAAGUAAGACCCUUGAAAUAAUGGAAUGGUGUGUAAUUUAAAUCAAAUUGGUGAACUGUUAAAGGGAACAGAAUAGUUAGCCAUAGUUUUGUUUGUGUGUACUAGCUCAGCAUGACCUGUUUUAACCCUGCUGAGUUAUAUAAAAGCAUGCAUUUCCAAACAAUUUUGUGUUGCUAGACUUAACAUCUGCCAACCCCAUGCUUCAAAUGGACAACUCUGAUCUCAUGCCUAUUCACAGGGGCAGCUUAACAUUUUUCCAUUUUGGGGGCAGGGCAGGGGAGGGCUGACUGUGGACUUUACUCUUAGUUAGUCUUUAUUUUUCUGGAAAAAGUAGUGGAGGAGGGGGCUAAAGCCCUCCAUUCCCCCAGCUCUGCCAUCUCUGACCCAAACCCAGUCACAUUAAUGGAAGAUGAGUGCUUUCACUAAUGCUUUUACCAUUGCACUACUGUAAACUGCUGCUUAUAAGCCCCCCCGCCUCCUCCAGUUAUAGACCUAUCUACCUGUAAACAAAAAAUACAUCUGAUUAUAAUUUCUCCGUGGAUGUCCCCUUGUAGCUCGAAUUAUAAGCCCCCUCUGAAUUCAAUUUAUUUUGAUGUUUUGGAGCCUGAUUAAAACCAGCAUUGUAAAACAUAUCUUGAUUAGCUCUACUGUAGCUUAUUUCAAAGGGCUUUAUCUAUUCGAGUUGUAAGCCCCCUCGAAUAUAAGCCUCUCCUCUUAUAAGCCCUCUUAAAACCCCUUAUCAAGAUGUAUAAGCCCAGCAGGGCUUAUAAGUUGCGGGUCAUGGUAUCCCUUCCUCCCAAUCUGACAAGUAACAUGAAUGGUUUCAGUUGGAGGAAUCUAUACUGUGAUCAGAUCUAAGGCACCUGCAGCAGUAGAUGAGCUAGGGACCAGGUACUGUCUGCUUGGAAUCUAUAAUGAUCUUCAAUGCAAGACAGAAGUUGAGAUGAUGGAACCUGAAGACCCAGCCAUGAAAGCAGCUGUACAGGCUCUAAGGGACAGUGGAGUAGAGGUACUUAUGAUCUUGUGUUUUGCCCUUCUGCUCCUGGUAUCAAGGGGUGUUUUCCAUUUAGAAAAGUUUCCGGUAACAGUAAAAGUAAAUAGAACAUGACUCUCAGGUUGUUUCAGUGGAAAAUUUCCUGGGAGCAAAUUGGAGCGUCUGAAAAGGUGGUCCUUUUUUUUCCUGGUCAGAAUAUUCGAAAUGGAAAUUGUGUUCCAUUUCAGCAAAGCCAUUUUUGAUAUCCGUUUCAGAGUUUUGCUGUUUUUUUUUGGUAAAUGGAACUGAUUUGUGCAAAUGGUAAACAAGAUUCUGGGACAAAAUUUAACAGUCCUGAAUUUUGCUUGGCAUUUGCCCAUGCCCAAACUGUGAAGAGACCAGUUUGCCCAUGAAAAUGGUGAACAACCACUAUUUAUUAAAAUGUUAUCAAAUUCUCCCUUUGAUUUACAAGGAAAAACAAGACAAAUGGACCUGGUGAAACGUUAGGGUUCAUCUGAAGGUUCAUCACCUAGGGCAUUUUUUAGGCACUGAUUUGAUCGUGACCAAAAAUGUAAUGUAUUAGUGCUUUACUUUAUUUUUUAUCUCACACUGGUAAAUUUGACAAUCAUAACAAUGCUCUUGCAGCUUACAUGUACAUGUCCUCUGGUCUUCAACAGGCGAUAGUGUCAUUUUAUCUUGUGGGGUAAUAAGUAGUACCCUGUCUGUUAGCAAUUUGUGAAUUUUUUGAUCCUCAACAAUAUUUGGUUAACUUUGAUUCUCAUUAUUUAUGCCAAAUUUUGUUCAUUAAUCCUCUUUGGACUAUUACUUUUAUUGGCUGUUGUGGUGAUCAUACAUGUCUGCCUUUGGACUCUUGAUUCCUAAGGCAUAAAUUCUUACAUAAAUCAUUGUUAGAAUGCAAUCUUAUGUGGAGACUGUGGAGUGCUCGACCAUUUUUUGAUGCCUGAAAUUUUGAAAUUCAUUAAGCACUGUUGUCUAACUUGCAGACCUACUUUGGAAGAUGGCUGAUUGAUGGGUAUCCAAAGGUAAAAAGCAGAUUGUUUAGCUUUUUAUACUCAUUCAUUAUAAUAACAUAAUUUAUUAGAUUCUCAGCUUUUCCUUGUUAAUAGGCAUAAGACUAGGGAAUAUUCUGCCAUGUGUCUCAUCCUUUGAUGACUCUUUUACUAGUAAAUCUAUUCAAAAUUCAAAAUGUACUCUUAGUAUACCUGCCAACUCUUAGGUGUGAGUUCGCGGGUUGAAAACUUUGAAAUGAUUGAAAAAUUUGCCGCCUUGCUUGACACAAUUUCCAAAAAUUUAAUCAGACCCAUGUUUUGACAAUACCUUCCUCGCGAUCUCUGAUUUUUGAAGUGAAAAGCACUGUACAGUUUAGGCGCCCUAAGACUGGGACCUACACAGUGUGGCAGACUUCAGACGUCUUGGAAGACUUGAAUCUUCUUUUUUGUCUUUGGAAAUGAUCGUGUCAUCUUCAAAAAUCCCAGCACUCCCAGGAUAAAAAUCUCACGCUCAUAUCUCAGAAAAAGUUGGUAGGUAUACUCUUAGUGGUUCUGUGGAUACAUUUUGUAGUAUUGCAUCCAUGUUUUACUCGACUGUACAGUUUAACCUACACAGUGUAGAUCUUCUUGUCUGUCUUUUGAAGGUGGUUCUUUUCGACAUUGGUACAAUUUACCACAAGCUGGGGAACAUGAAAAGUGCCUUUUGGAACCGUACACACAUUGGCAUUCCAGACCCUGAUACUGAGUCUAAUGACGCUGUUGUGCUUGGAUAUUUGGUGGCGCAAUUUAUUGGAGAGGUAAAGAAUGUUUGAUGAGUGCAGAAUUACUCCACAACAAUUAUUUUAUGUAAUCAACAUAUUUUUGAACUGUUUAACACUUUCACUGUUGUUUUGUUUAUUUUGCUAUCCUCUUCCAGAGAAAAGUGUAUAUACUACGUGCAGUGGCGAAUCCAGGGGAGGGGCCCUGGGGGCCCGGGCUGCCCCUUGUUUUUGGACCAAACUGAGGACCGAAGGGCAGGGGGAGGGGAGGGCAGAGGAGGUCCAGAACUACUGGAAGCCCCCUUGAAUUUGCAGAAUUCUAAAUUCAGUGGAAACACCCCAUGGUGGUGGGCUUUAGCCAUUGUUGUUAGCUUCUUACAAUGUAAUUAGUUAAUUAGUUGUUUUUUCUUUGCACAGUUCCGUGCAAAGUGUGACCCAGAGCUCCCCAUAGUUGCACAUUUCCAUGAGUGGCAAGCUGGAGUUGGCCUGGUUCUGCUACGCACAAGUAAUGUUGCAGUUUCAACUGUUUUCACUACACAUGCGACCCUGCUAGGGCGAUACCUCUGUGCUGCUAAUGUGGAUUUUUACAAUAAUUUGGAUAGGGUGAGAAUACCAUGUUAUUGUUCAAAAAUGACAUUAAAAUAAUUUGCAUUAUUAGGUGAAGUAGUGUAGCGCUUCCCACAUUAGUUUUCAGGUCCUUGUUGUUGAAUAGGUGGAUUGUGCUCUCUAUCAGAUAAUCACUGUUCACUCUAGAUACCAUACUGUCCAACUGAGAAAACUAUGAAUGAGCACCUAAAAUAUUUUCGGGAAUGCUUAUUGUGUUAUGGCCAAAUCACUUUGGAGAACUAGAUGUGUGAGUAAGCUGCAAAUCCACAAGUAAUUUCCCUUGCUUCUUGCAGUUAAGUAUUCUUGCCCCUGGAUGGCUUCUUCCUUUCAACACGAUAACAUUCCAGGUGAAAUACUUCUGGACCCAGUUAUGCAAAAGGUGGAUAGAGCUAUCCCCUGGAUAAAUCACUAUCCAGUUGAUAACGCAAUUAGUUUUCGUAAUACUUAUCCAAUGGAUAGCAAUUUAUCUGGUGGAUAGCUCUAUCCAACUUUUGAACAAACGGGGCCAGGUGUUUAGGGUUUUCUCAGUUUGAUGUUAAAGCAUUAAACUUGUAUUGUGUAUCUGCCCCUUUCACCCAGUGAACCUGUAGAUUAAUGGUCUUUUUCUUCUUUCUUUCUUUUUUUGUAUACUUCAUGAUGAACAGUUUGAAGUUGACAAGGUUGGUAACUAGCAUAUUUAUUUGUCAAUUUUAAGGCUGUGCUCUGAGAAGACUUAAAGGGAGCCAGUGCUCUGAACCUGUGAAAUCAAGGGUGUCAAGCAUGUGAUUUCUACAAAAAAUAACCUUAAAAUUUUCUAGUCAUGGACCGGCGGGUGCUCCCGGAGAACAGCCCUGAAUUUUCUGUUAAAGGCAGAUUACUAAGUAUUGUUUACUUCUUGAUCUUUAGGAAGCUGGUGAUCGUAAAAUUUAUCAUCGUUAUUGUCUGGAACGUGCUGCUGCUAACAGUGCGCAUGUUUUCACUACUGUUUCUCACAUCACAAAUGAUGAGGCUGAACAUCUCCUUAAAAGAAGAGCAGGUGAGUUGCUUAUUAAGAUCAUUAUUGGCAUAUCAACUUAGGCGGAAACCAGUUCAAAGCCAUUCAACCUAUAUACACAGACAUGUAUACUUAUACACCUUAUAUUUAAGCGAUAAACAGAGAAGCAGUUAAAGGAUGCUAGAACUAUCAGUUUCUUCAGGGCUCUUUUUUAGGUUUGGAAGCUUUUUCCUGGACAGAGUAUGGGUAGUUUCCCAAUAGAAGUUAAAACACUUAGACUGUCCUUUAUAGCUGCAGGUGAUCUUUUGAAGGCAAAGUUGUUAACAAAUUUUCAAUUUUUUUCUGACAGAAAUUGUGCUGCCCAAUGGACUUAAUGUUGUUAAGUACACGUAAGUAUAUAUUGAUACUAUUAUUAGAAUUAACAAUUUUAAUAGUAAUAAUAAAUAUUAUAAACACAGCUUUGUGGGCAAUCUCUGAGGACAGGUCUAAAGUUCAGUCUAGGCUGCACUGGUUCUACAGGUAAAAAGCUGAUACUUCUGAGUGGGUAGCUACUUUACUGGAUUAUUUUUAUCUGUGAUGUACAUGUACAACAAAAUUUGUUGACUGCAAUUUUUAUUUAAUUUGUUUAGUGCCUUACACGAAUUUCAGAAUCUACAUGCCAUCUCGAAGGAGAAGAUCUGUAAUUUUGUUCGAGGCCAUUUCCAUGGGUAGGUAAAUCUCAUACAGCAGGAUCUGCACUUAACCAAGUACAGUUAAACCUGUACAUAACGGCGCUGUAUAUUAUAACAGUCACCUUGUCAUUUCCUAAGGGUGACCAUUGUACACGGGUUUGAUUGUAACUGAGUUACUGAAGUCUUGAACUCUCUGGAGUCAAAUAAUGAAUACAAAUACAAGAAAUUGUAUAAUAGGUCAAGUUAAAACAAUGAUUUCAAUUAUUUGAACAACACUGGAAUAUCUCCAUGGUGAGACAUUAUGCAAGUGCAGAAGCACAUUGAUAUUUUGCUGUUGAUUAUGUUGUUGCCAAAGGGGACAAGGGUGGCAGAGUGGUGGGAGUACUCGCUUCCCACCAAUCAUUUUGCCAGCAGGAGAUGGCUUAUCCUCCGUAACCGUAGUAACUUUUUUGGUAAAAAAACGUAAAUUGAAGCUUUCCAGGGUGUCUUUGUUUUAGAAGAUGCACAAAAACUUUUUAAGUUCUACAUCUUAUUCUUAAUUAAUUUACUGUCACCUCCCUUGAAAAAAUAACAUUUGAACAGUGGAAGUUGUUGUAAAGCUGUGCAUUUAUAGAUUAAGCAGAUUUAACUGAUUUAUUUCAAUCCGUCAAUUGGGUAAGUUCAAUGUCGAUGGUUGAAGAAAAAUUUGUUGGAAACUCUUCUUUGGCAGGCUUACAGUAUGCUUUCAGUUUUAGUAGUGUUUACCUGACUAAUGUGAUGAGUUUUUGAUGGGUCUCUGUGUCAUUUUUUGUAGGCAUCUAAAUUUUGAUUUGGAUAAGACGCUGUUCUUUUUCUCUGCUGGAAGGUAACAGAGUACAGAAUGAUUAGUUAGUUUUACUGUAAUUUCGAUUCUGCUAAUCCUGCUUCUACUUUUAAUUGUAUAUUGCAUAAUUUGUAAAUAACUUAAUUUGAUUUAUUUUUCAAUUGUAAUUGAUGUACUUUAACAGUGAAGAGCCACCCAGUGGAUCUGUUAAUAAACCAUUAUGAUUAUGAUUAUUAUUAUUAUCAAGUUUUUUCAAGAAAUAUUAUCUUUGGCCUUUUUCUGGUCGAAUGGCUCAGUUUCUUUGACUUUUUAAAAUUUUAUCACAAAUUUGUAUACAAUAAAUUGUAAUCUCAAGUAGAGAUAAUUUCCAAUAAAGAAGAUAUAGGCCCAGUAUAAUCGCCGUAAUUUAACCCCGGUUAGUAACGUCUGCGAAGCAGGCCAAUAUCCUUGUUCUGGGCCCCAUUGGACUCAAUGAAUUGCCAGAAGUGUGUUUCAAAUUUACUUGCAUCUUGAUUGGCCAAUGUACAAUGUUACUUUUAACGGGCCAAUCAUGGCUCAUACUUAAACCUGGUGCACAGGUGGCGGCCAAGAACAAGGACUUCAUCGCUGUGACGGUACCGUACAAGCGACUUAUUGACGGACUUAGCAAGACUAACUAUGAGAGAGUGACUGCACAACCGACAAUUAAACUAACAAUAAAUGACUUUUUGACUGUGACAAUAGACGAAUCGAAACGCACCCAUGACAUUACGAGUGUUCAUCGCCAAUAAUAUUGCCGCUUAACUGACAGAUGAUCAGUAACAUCGCAACUUAAUUUACCAAUCGGGUCAAUAACCAGAGUUUAAUACCAUCGAACCUGACGUGAUACAACUCACUUUCACUCUAAAGAUGACUACUGCACAGGUUGUCGAAACGUCAAUGUCAGCAACGGUCCUAUUCAGGACUACUACAUUCAACUGGACGAUCAUACUCAAUCUACUUUUAAAAUGAUUCCUAGGUUCAAGCCUUUCACUGUAUCAAUGACUGUACUACCUCCAUAGGUAUGAAUACUUUAACAAGGGAGUUGACAUGUACAUAGAAAGUUUGGCAAGACUUAACCACCUAUUAAAGGUAAUUGAAUUGCCUUAAAAUAAAAUAAUUGGGACCUUUAGCUUUGGAAGAAUUCAAACCGCUGACACACACAAAUAGUGGGAUCAAUUGAGGUUUCUGUGUAACUGACCACCUAGCCCUCCUUUAAGUCACAAUUUUGCCCCAAGUGAGAAGUAAAUGUUAAUGUUGACUUACGGGAGGGGUAGGUAGAGUUUUGGAAUCUUUUCAGCUUCUAGCUUAGCCAGUUCACAGACCCUCUAUUUUCUCUUAAAGGUCCGUCGAGUGAGGGUGAUAAAAUAUAAACCACAGGGGAUUUAUUGACCGCCAGCGCAAGGGAGUAGUGGUGGGGGAAGAAGCCUGCGCUCGUUCUCGCGCGCUCGCAAGCUCGCCGAUGUUUUCGAAAAGAACGAAAAGAAAAAUAAAACAACGUCUUUGUACGGGCUACUUCUAGCUGUAAUUCAUCAUUUAUCUUUUGUCUAUUUAUAUGGCUUGCUUUGCCUUUUUAAGCUGUUGUAAAUGCCAUCUUAAGGCAACAUUCAUACUUUACAUCUUUCUACAGGAAAGUGGAUCUAGUGUAACUGUAGUUGCUUUUUUGAUCUUCCCUGCGCGGACCAGUAACUUCAACGUUGAGUCUCUAAAAGGCCAAGCAGUCACCAAACAGCUCAGGUAAAUAAUUCAAUUUAAUUUUCUCGUCCUCCUCGUGAUUGUUCGCGCUCGCUAGGAGCGUUACCACGCAAAACAAUUCUUGAUAUGCUACAAUUUCUUUGAAAAACCGACGAUUUGUUGGAAAAUGCGCGAUGAAAACAACGUCCGCAGGUACCCACAAAGAGGCUUAAUGUCCAUGUUCAUGAAUUAGAUGUAACCUACAAUUUGGUGUUCCAGAGAUACAGUCACUGACAUCCAGGACAAAGUUGGAAAGCGGAUGUAUGAGAGUUGUUUAGGGUAAGGUUUGUCUUUAAGUAAACUUAGGCUAUUUGUGUACCUUUUUCCUUAAGAGAUCUCCAACUUAGUAUUAAUCUGUAAAAUGCCUCUACAAUAGGCCAUUUGCACGAUGGCGUCAUUUUACUACGAUUAACAGAGUCCGUUUUUUCUUUCAUACUAAAAUUUGGUAAUCCCAGUGAGGUUUAAAAUAACAAAAGCCCUCAUUAGUACAAGAAAGCAAACCCCUGAAGGAUUUUGGUUGUAGUAGUAGAAUGACGUCAUCGUGCCAAUGGCCUAUUGAACUGUUGUUUGAUUUUUAUGGUGGAGAGGCUGUGCUGGUCCAUUGGAGUUCGGAUCUAAAAAUUUUCUGAAGCUCUUUAUAAUUUAUUGUAGCUAUCCUACAAAGAUUGCAAGAAGUUGCGAUGUGCACUUUUGAGUGAAUGCCGUCAGCUUCUUUAAAUGUUUUAUCAGGUGGUAGAUUGCAACCAGCUUUCCCCUGUGGUACACGCGUUAACGGUGCAGCUGCGUGACGCAACGUGGCGCCGAUAGCGAUGGCGACAGCGACAUUGCACUUGCACCCCUUUGUCCGCAGCAGAGCAUUAGCUUUUUGCCCUUAAUUUUCACGAGAAAAUUUUUCGCAGGUGUUUAAUAUAGCGUAUGUUUGUUUGUUUGUUUUUUGCAAGAAUUACGAAACUUCGACAAUUGCUUCGUACUUUAAAAACCAAGUAAGGCUCCAUCCAAGUGGGAUCCCUGUAGCACCUGUUUACGGGCACAUGCCCUCGUAGUGUCUCCUACUUCAAACAAAAAGCUGUUAGUUGAUCAAGAAACAAGCUUAAAAAAUUCUAGCCAGCCAAUUACGUCUGCUACUUAUUCAAAAAUAAGAGCUACUCUGUAGAGGCCCAAAGGGGCAUGGCGAGAGUGCAGGCUCAAAAAUGCGGUUGGUAAUGGACCCUCGGUUUUCGUGCCUGCACUCACUUCUUGCAGCGGAAAUCUAAUAACGCCACAUCGGACCUCUGCGGAGGAGAGAGGGACUUGCUUUCCUGCAGUGCUGACAGUUUUUAACAAGAUAGUGAAAAAAAUAGACCUUUUUACCAAUACGGCGGCCAGAUUGAAUUUAUUAGAUUUAAGGAGUAUUAUGGGAUGCCCAGGGGGCACUCGUUCAGUAUUUACGGGCACUUUUCGGGCAAAAAGAGAACUUCACUGUAUAUUUCUUGGGAAAAAGGUGUUCAUUAUUAAAUCCAAACACGGCACAACGAUCUUUUUUUCCCAUUGCAAUCCCAUUGCUAAGAAAAAUUGGCCCAAAAAGCGUGCGUACGUAUACUGAGUGAGUAUAUCAGAUCGUGCUCAUGCCCCCUGGGCAUCCCAUAAUACUCCUUAAAUCUAAUAAAUUAAAUAUGGCUGCCGUAUCGGUAAAAACGUCUAUCCCCCCUUUUUUUGUUUGGAAACAGUGGGUCGCUUCCCGAUGGGAAUACACUCUUGGAAGCAGACGACAUAAUCAAAUUAAAGAGAUGCAUCCUUGGUACUAAGGUAACAAUUAAAUAAUGUUUAUUUUAGAUAGCUUCCAAUUUAUUUGGGGAGGGAUUAGUGGAAGUAGUAAUGAGAUACCGUGUGGACUGCCAAUUUGACGUUAUGGAUUAUGAAAUACACAAGAUGGGUGGAAGCGCCUACGUUUUGUCUAUCUUUUUUGUGUUAGCCCCGUGCAAAAUAUCUCAAAUUAUUAUAUGGCUGAAUCCGCGUGUGGGAAGAUAAAGCGAAUCCUGUGUUUUAAUUGGCUACCUGAAUGGGCAAUAUGGGACUUUGCGGGAUUCCCCACGUUGGAGCUGCAAGAAAAUUCUCUUUCAUGUGACAAAUUCUUUACGGACCAAGUUUCUGUGGUCAAAACGACUGGGUGUUAGCCUCGAUUUUUUUUCUCCUCGGUUUAUAAAAGCGCAAAGAAGAACUUGGCCAAUAUUCAGCUUUUUUGACCUCACACUUGUUCAGUAACGCAUAUAAUUAUACUCCUGAAUGCGUGGGCUUGAGAAAUCUUAGUGUAAGUUUAAUUCCAAAACAAAUGGGAUGUAAGCUUUUGAAUCCUACAAACAAAGGAAAUAAAUUUUAUUUUAGCUAUAACAAUGCAUUUACGGUUGUGUACUGAGUAUCCUUACUUUGAGUGGAAGUGGGGCUUGACUUCAGUUUGAUAAAAACCUUACUUCCUUUCAAAUGUAAAUCAUGCUCUUAUGCGUUAUGAAUGGAACUGAGGUCACUAUCAAAACAUAAUUACGGCCAGCCUCCCUUCCACACGAAGGAUACGGUAAAGGAAGUUGAUGGCCUAAAUUAAAGUGACUAAAUUCGCAAUAUCUGACUGAUAUCUUUAUUUUUAGCGUCCCAGUCUUCCUGCUAUAGUGACUCAUAACAUGAUAGAGGACUCCACAGACCCAAUUCUGUGCCAUCUCAGAAGAGCACACCUCUUCAACGGUCCACAUGAUCGAGUUAAGGUAAUGCUUAACCACAAGUUUGAAAAACGAAUGGUGACAUGCCAGAGUACUUUCAAAGAGGUUUUUCAUCCACAGAUUGAAAAGUUGAGGCGUUCUCAUGUCUCCAGAAUGGACAGGCAAUUUAAAUUUUGGGAUCCGUUUUCAAUCUGUUGUAAAUUUCCCUUGCUUUAGCCUGUGUAGCCGGCGGUUUCGUCAGCACGCGAGCGAGCCGGGAAGCUGCGAGAAAAUUGUCAAUGCCAUUCCCGAUUCCUCUCGCGGCAUUCUCGCUCGUUCGCGUACGUACUACCCAGCAAAACCGCCAGAUACGUAGGCCAACUUCGCAACACUGACUGAAAAGCAAAGUAAUUUAUCUAGCCAAUCACAGUGCUCGUUUACAGUCAAGUUAGCCAAUCACGUCAAGAAGAACGAGAUGCAAGCAGCGGGCGCCAAGCGCAGAAAAACGUUUGUUUACUUGUCAUGAUUGGUUCGGGUUUUAAUUGUGAUUGAGUGAAAAAAAUGGCGAUAGAUAUUUCAGCUAAUCUAAAGGCACGGAAGAGCGUUUUUACUCACAUUACCAGUGGCUAUGUUAUAAAGCGUUUACAUAAGAAAACGGGUCAACCCCCUUAGGAUUGCCCUGUAGCAUGACUGUGGCCGCCGUUCAUUGCUUUUGGUACACCAACAUGGCCAACGUGACGUUGUUUGAAAACUCUCUAUAUUAAUUGAUGGAAUAGAGGUACAAUUGAAGGAGUGAUCUGUCAAGCUGAUCCAGAUCGGGUGGAAGGGGAACUGAUUUAUCUCACUAGUUGGAAUGCAGAGCGGGAGGUCGCAGCCUCGACCCCUGAGGGUCUUAAAAUAAUUGAGGAUGAAGGUACUGCCUUUGCCUUGCGAACAGCGAGAACCUCGCAUGGCCCAGAUGACCACAUACUAAUGGCGGUCCCUUCUUCUGUAGGAAUAAAAAAAAAUUGUCCGCAUACUUAGGACUUUCUUCUACAUACACUGACACUUAAAGGAAGCAGGCGUUUUUUCCCUCUCCAUUCUCACUUUUUUGAACUUCUGUCAACCCAGUAUUAUGCUCUUCACAGGUAAUUUUUCACCCUGAAUUCCUGUCCACCAUCAGCCCUCUUCUACCAAUGGAUUACAGCGAUUUUGUACGUGGGUGCCAUCUGGGAGUGUUUCCUUCUUAUUACGAGCCAUGGGGCUACACUCCAGGUAACGAAGUCGACAUUUGGGAGCUUAAGCAAAUUUUUGAACGUUUUUUAACGACGCACGCCAACCGGAAGUCCAUUUUUUGCGCCUAUUAACAAGGUAAUGCGUCUGUGUAAUUUACUUGCGCUUUUGUUUGCGUCUAUUAUUUUCAAGGCUCAGAAAUUCGAAAACUGGCUCGGGCCAACAUAAGUGAUUUUAAACAACAUGUUUAGUAUAAACUGUAACCCUUUUUCAUUGACUUUUUUACCUUAUUGCAUUCUCUCUUUCUUCGUUGGAUUUGCCCAGCGAUACAAAUUGUUUUAGUAAAGUUUUAUUUUCGGCAAGGGUUUGCUAUCGUUGAUGUCGUUAUUGGUUUUGUAUAGCGGAGUGUACUGUGAUGGGAAUUCCUUCCGCAUCUACCAAUCUGUCU